ACAACGACGACACUAUUGCCGAGCACAGCUGCAUCUCUAGUAACGGCUGCGAAUGCAAAUCCGUAUUCGUACGUUUUCGAUACCCAAAAGUUGGACCGUUUGAGUGGUGGUGGUGCAGCUCGUGCACAUCAGUCACUUCAAGACCUCAGUCAAGUCUUCAACGGAUUCCAGUCGUACGCUCCGUUGAGUGCAGCAUCCGGCCCGGGUGCCGGAGGCGCGGGUGCGGCGAAUGCCGCAGCCAACGGUGCCCUUGCUCGAGGUUUCAACGUUGCGGCAGCCCAGGCUGUUGCGGCGCAACAGGCAGCACUCGAAGCGGCCGCUUUGUAUGCAAGUGUCGGCGGUGGUGAGCCAUUCCCGGCCAUGUACCCACCGUUACAUCAUCAAACCGCACAAUUGCCUCAUGCCUUCCAUAAAGUUUGA